CACCACCGCUCCCACUUCACACCUUUCAUGAUCAGUUCAUUACAUAAUCACUGAUCCCAUCCAUUUAUCAAACACCACCAAUUCAGUCAGACCUCACAAGGCCAUGAGAUGAAGGACCUCUCCUUCCUCCUCUUGAAGAACACCUUCGGCGCGAAGAUGAAGAAGGGCAUUCGAACGUUCUGCACCGGCGAUGGCUCUACCUCGACCCUCAACCAGGGCCCUGCGGAGCUCCCAGCCGAGUUGCCGGAGCCAGAGGUGGAGCCUUCCCCCACCCUCGAGGAGAUGAUCCUCCAGCUCGAGCUUGAGGAGGAAAUAGCCCGGGCUCAGAAGGAGGAACAGUGCCGCCGGAGAAUGUCAUCCGUCAAUAGCUCCGACAUCCUCCGGUCCGCCCGGAAUGCCUUGAACCAGUACCCCCGGUUCUCCCUGGAUGGGAGGGACGCGAUGUACCGGUCAUCAUUCAGGAACUUGUGCCACCCUGAGGCUAUAAUGCCCGGGAGGAGAUCGUUGUGUGGGCCGGUGGACUAUGAUUACGACCACUACCUCAAGACAAGGCUCUGCAGCACGCAGGUGCCGGGCAAGGAGGUUCUGGCAGGGGAGAGCGUGGUGUGGUGCAAGCCUGGCGUGGUGGCCAAGCUGAUGGGCCUAGAUUCAAUACCAGUGCCGGUGGGCAGGAGCCGACACGGUAAAAAAGAUUCAAACCCGACAUCUUCGAUCAGGAGGCAGAGCCUCCGGAGGAAGACAGAGAGGCAUGAGCUGGAGAGGAGAAUCGCAAUGAACAAUCUGAACAGCUACCAUGGGAGAAACAAGAGGGAAGGGAACAACCUCGGAUCAUGUUCGAGGAAUGGUUAUUCUGUUAUGAAGCCAGUGGCUGUGGAGCCAAUAGAGAGUAGUUGCAGAAGAGAUUGGGCGAAAAAACACAGCAUUUGAUUUCUCUUUAUUCGUCGAAAAUCCAUAAGAUCUCUCCAUUAGGUUGAGAAUUCGAAUCCUAAUCAAUCAACGAGUUGUUUCGAUCU